AUUGCAGAUCUUAGUUCACUAUUCCGUGAAGAGUUGAAAAAGAUGGUACCAAAUCUGCUGGGACCCCAUAUUCUGAAACCAAAAAUAGUGAAUGGAAAAACAGUAACAUGCCGGAAAAUGAUACAAUAUUUCAAAGAAUACGCAGCCUCAUUCGACGGAGAAACUCUUCCACAACCACAAAGUAUUCUCAAUGCAAAUGCAAAAUUAAUAUGUAUUGAAUUUUUAUCCCACAGAUUUUCAAAAUUUUGAUACUUUUCGCAUUUUUGAUAUAAAUAUUUGAAAAUAUAAAUCUGAACUGCUUGAUUAUUAAAUUGGAUACACAGCAAACAUUUAACAACAAUUCAACAUAUAAACAAUGUAUGACCGUUUUUGCACUUUCUACGAUAGUUUGCAAGUUUGUAUUUUACUG